AUGAUGUUUGAAUAUACAAGUGAUUAUUUAGCUGAAAAAUUACGUGAAAAUUGGUUAACACGUAAUAAUUCUAAUGAAUUUAUAAUAAAUCAACAAGAACAAGAUGAUUCAUUAACAAAUUUAAAUUGGUUACAAACUUUAAAUAUUCAUGAGUUCACAUCUACAAGUUCACCAAUUUCUCCACCUCCUACACCUCCAUUACAUUUAAUUCAUUCAACUAAUAGUGUAUAUACAUCACCAUCAUCAUCAUCAACAGCAAUACCAAUGACAACACCACAAAUGACAACAUGGAAUUCAUCAUCACAAAAAUUUCUUCAUUAUAAACGUAAUGAUUUAUCAUUAUUUCAUGGAAUACAACAUCGAAAUGAAAAUCAUACUUUACCAUAUAUAAAUUAUUCAAAAUAUCGAUCAACUUAUAAUAUUCAUAAUAAUACUGAUUAUACUACUGAUAAUCAUCAUCAUUAUAUUAGUAGUAUUGGUAUAACUAAUAAACAAUAUAAAGAUUCACCUUUAAAAUGCUUAAAUAAUACAAUAAAUUAUUAUUCAAAUUAUAAUCCUAUUCAAUUGAAUCAUAUCCCUGUUAAUACAAUAACUGAUUCAUUACAAAGCAAUAACAAUGAUAAUAAUAGUAAUAUAGAUUAUCAACAGUUAUUAAACACUGUCUACAUUAAUACUGAUGAUCUAAAUCCUAUUGAUCAUGAUCAAUUUUCUACAAAUUCUAUAUAUGAUCUACAUAAUAAUAAUAAUAAUAAUAAUGUGAGUAAUCCCGAUUCAUCUACCUGUUCAUUACGUAAUAGUAAUAUUACAAGAUUUGAACAUCAGAAAUUACGUAAACAUGAUCCUCAACAACAAUCCAUGAAUUUAACAGAUAUAAAUUUCAUUAUAAAUUCAUCAACUACUGAUAUAUUCAAUUAUAAUAGUAGUCAAGUAAUUUAUAAAAAAAUUAAUAAUAAUACUAUUACUACUAAUAAUAGUACUAUAAACUAUACAAAUUCUAUUAAUCAUAAUCAUAAUAAUACUUCAAUAGAAGAUUAUUAUUAUUAUCAUAUAACAGAGAAUAAUAAAUUAUUUAUUAAAUAUGAUACAUUAUCUAUACAAGAGAAAGAGAUUUAUCAAUAUAAUGCUUAUAAGAAACCAUUAUUUAAUUCCCAUACAUUAAUUUAUAUGGCAAUGAAUUCAUUAAAAAAGAAUAAAAUUACAUUUCUUGAUAUAUGUGAUUGGAUACAAUUACAUUUUGCAUUUUAUCGUUAUCAAAAUGACAAUUAUUGGUGGCAGGAUAUUAUUCGUAAACAUCUUACAUGUAGUCGUUGUUUUCAACGUGUCCCUAAACGUAAAGAAGAAUUAGAUGGUCGUAGUGAUUUAUGGCGUAUUAAUCCAGAAUUACAAAAUCAAUUAAUCAAUAAUAAAAUUAGUUAUAAAUUUUUAAUGGCUUGGAAAAAUCAAACUUUAUCUAAAUUACCUGAUUUAAUCGAUUAUAUGGAACAAUAUAAUUCAAUAUUAAAAUUAUCAUCAGAAAUCAAUAAUGAUCAACAUAUAGAUCAUAAUGAUCCUCUUAUUAUUAUUAAUGAUAAUACUAAUAAUAAUAAUAAUCAAUUAAUCAAUUUAUCAAAACGUAAAUGUAUCAAUCAAUUAGAUAAUUUAAUUGAUUAUAAUCAAUCAUCUAAUAUAUAUCUUAAUAUUGAUCAUACAACUCAAUCAAAUUCUAGUUCAUCACCAGAAUUAUCUGAUUUAUAUACAUCAUCACCAUCAGAAUUAUUACCGGAAUCAACAACAGAUUUACCAUUAUUAAUCGAUAAUGAUUAUUAUUUAAAUAAUUCAUUGAAUUCAAUUAAUUUCAAUGAUAAUAUUCAUAAUAAUAGUAAUAGUAAUAAUAAUAAUAAUAAUAAUGAUAAUGUAUUAAGAAAUAAUAUAUUACAUCAUUCUAUUCAUUCAUCACCAUUAAAUUUAACUGAACAAGAUCAAUGUGAUCUACAAGCAUUAUUUAAUGAUCAUGAAACUCAUUCUAUAUUAAAUGAUCAUUUCUAUUAUACAUCUAAUUCAUCAAUUUCAUCCUUUGAUCUCAAUAAUGAUAAUAAUAAUAAUAGUAAUAAUACUAAUAGUAAUAAUAAUAGUAAUAAUAAUAGUAAUGGAUUAAUUGUAGAAGAAUUAUCAAAAGCUAGUGGAUUAAAUGAAAUUCCACCAAUAAAUGAUUUUGAUAAUGAUGAAUUAAUAGAUCCAUUAGAUUUAACUAUUCAUAGUGUACAUUCACGUUUCACUAAUGAUUGGUGGUCAAAUCAUUCAAAUAUAAAUAAUAAUAAUAAUAAUAUUAAUCAUGAUAGUUUAACAGAAUCAAUGACUAAUUUUAUUAAUUCUACAUUAAAUGAAUUAGAAAAGAAAGAAAAAGAAGAAAACAACGACAAUGACGACGUCGACGACGACGGUGGCUUCGAUGAUGAUGAACUAGUGAUGAGAAAACGAAAUAAUAGAAUUGAUCAAAGAAUUGAUAAAACAUUCACUCGUAAUAUUAUUAAUCCUAUUCAUGAAAAUUUAAUAUUAAACAAUAAACAAGAAGAAAAUAUAAAUGAAGUAAAAUUACAUGUCAAUUCUUUAUCAUCUGAUUUAAUAACAAAUGAAUUAUCAUUAAGUCAAACCUUAUCAUUAUUAUCAUCAUCAUCAUCAUCAUCAUCUGAUUUAACAAUAUUAUCACCAAGAUUAUUAUCUAUAACGAAUCAAACAGAAAUGAUUAAAUCGUCAUCAUCAUCACCACCACCGCCACCGCCACCAUCAACAUCCUUAUCCUCAUCAUCAUCAUCAAUUCCAAUGACAUCUUCAAUGAUAUCUAAAAUCAAUUAUUAUUGUAAAACCAGUGAAACUAAUAGUAUUAUUAUCAAUGAAGAUGAUGCAUUUUUUCAUCAAUUACAAUUAAACAUUUCAACAAAUAAACCUAAUAAUAAUAAUGAUAAUAAUUUAAUUCCUUUAAAUCAUAUAAAUGAUCAUAAUGAUAUAGAUGAAGAGAAUAUUAAUCAUAAUCAUAAUCAUAAUCUAUUAGAACAGCCAUAUCAUCAACAUUGGCUUGAUCAUAAAAUGAAUUUAGAUGAUCUUGAUAAUAUUUUAGGACUUCAUUAAUAUCAAUAAUAUAAUAUUGAUUUAUCAAUAAUAUCAAUCAUAGGGCAAAAGAAAAAAAAGGAUCAAUUUAUGAUCUAUU